AUUUCUAGUCGAGGGCCUUUCCAUAUCCUUCGAUUUAGGGUUUUCGAUUCUCGUUUUUGAGCUUUUCUCGCUCCCCUCUCAUCACUUUUUUUUUUUUUUCUCUUUUGCCACCUUUCUUCUCCUUCCGCCAUGAUUCCUUGACUUCUUCCGUUAGAUUCCGAAAUGAUCAUGAUCUGUGUGCUUAAUCAGGUGCUGUUGUUGUUGUUGUGCUUGGUUAGUAACGCUUAGGGUUUCCCUGGUGUUUACGCGUUUUGUCAUGGUGAGUACUCAACAACGCACCGACGAUGGUUCUGGUUCCUCUCCACCAGAGGUAAAAGCUAUUCUUAAGAGCUAUGGAAUCACGAAACCACUUUCCGUUGCUGGUCCUUGUGCGGCUGAUGUUAAGCGUAAUUUCGAACUGGAGAAGUUCCUGGUUGACGAGGGGCUCUAUGAGAACAGAGAAGAAACUAUGCGAAGAGAGGAAGUUCUGGUGCGCAUUGAUCAGAUUGUAAAACACUGGGUGAAACAGUUAACUCGGCAGAGAGGCUAUACAGAUCAGAUGGUGGAGGAUGCAAAUGCUGUCAUUUUCACUUUUGGAUCUUACCGACUUGGAGUACACGGACCUGGGUCUGAUAUUGAUACUUUGUGUGUUGGCCCAUCUUAUGUUAACAGAGAGGAGGAUUUCUUCAUUAUCUUGCGUGGUAUAUUGGCUGAAAUGGAAGAAGUGACUGAGCUUCAACCUGUUACUGAUGCCCAUGUCCCAGUUAUGAAAUUCAAGUUUCAAGGAAUAUCAAUUGAUCUUCUGUAUGCUAGCAUAUCGCUUCUAGUUGUCCCACAGGAUCUGGAUAUCUCCAACUCUUCUGUGCUGUGUGACGUGGAUGAACAAACUGUCCGGAGUCUUAAUGGUUGUAGGGUUGCUGAUCAGAUUCUUAAACUCGUUCCAAAUUCUGAGCACUUCCGGACAACAUUAAGAUGCCUAAAGUACUGGGCUAAAAAGCGUGGGGUCUAUUCAAAUGUUACUGGAUUUCUUGGUGGUGUAAACUGGGCACUUCUGGUUGCACGCCUGUGCCAACUUUAUCCAAAUGCUAUUCCUAGUAUGUUGGUUUCUCGAUUUUUUAGAGUAUAUACACAAUGGCGCUGGCCAAAUCCAGUCAUGCUUUGUACAAUAGAAGAAGAUGAGCUUGGCUUUCCUGUCUGGGACCCACGAAAAAAUCAUCGUGACCGUUAUCAUCUUAUGCCAAUAAUAACUCCUGCGUACCCAUGCAUGAAUUCUAGUUACAAUGUAUCUCAAAGCACUCUUCGUGUUAUGACAGAGCAAUUCCAGUUUGGUAACACGAUCUGUCAGGAGAUUGAGUUAAAUAAACAACACUGGAGGUCCUUAUUUGAGCAAUAUAUGUUCUUUGAGGCAUAUAAAAACUACCUUCAGGUUGAUGUACUAGCUGCAGAUGCCGAAGAUUUACUGGCGUGGAAAGGUUGGGUGGAGUCACGGUUCAGGCAGCUGACCUUGAAGAUAGAACGAGACACAAAUGGGAUGUUAAUGUGCCACCCUCAACCAAAUGAGUAUGUGGACACUUCCAAGCAGUUUCGACAUUGUGCCUUUUUCAUGGGCUUGCAGAGGGCAGACGGAUUUGGUGGCCAAGAAUGUCAGCAGUUUGAUAUACGUGGAACAGUGGACGAGUUCAGGCAAGAGGUAAACAUGUAUAUGUUUUGGAGACCUGGGAUGGAUGUGUAUGUUUUUCAUGUUCGAAGACGACAGCUUCCAUCUUUUGUUUUCCCAAAUGGAUAUAAAAGGCCUCGUCAACCAAGGCACCAUAAUCAACAAUGCAGAGUACCUGGUGAGGAGGGCGUUGGUUCUUUGUCCAACUCUGUUGAGAGAUAUGCGAAGAGAAAGAACGAUAAUGAAACUAUGGAUACCAGGCCAGAGAAAUAUGAGAAGCGUGCAUCUCGUAGUCCACAUAGUGUGGGUGUAGUUUCUCCUGACAGCAGUGCUAUCACUUCUGGUGGGACUCCUCAGAUUGGCAUUGUGCCAGGUUCUAGAGCUGAAUGCUUAGUAACUGGAGAUCUUGUUUGCAGUGUUAGAAGUCUUCCUAUUGUGGAAGUUGAGACUGAAAAAAUUAUCAGUAAAACCACUGAACUUAUAGAGUAUUCUCAAAAUGAGCAUAACUCUGGUAGCGAGCAAUUCUUGGAAGUAGAUGAUAAAACUCUAGUUCAAGGUUAUCAUGACCUGGCUAGGCCUGUAGGAAAACAUGUAAGACCUGACCCUGGUGCUGUGCUAGCGUGUGAAGGUGGGCUGAAUAAAGAAAUAACUUGUGAUAUGGGCUCUGAAUCAAUCAAUGACACUGACACUCAACAUCUUCCAAGGCAACAAAAUCUAGAAGAAGAUGUUUAUGAAGUUGAGAUGGAAACCAAGUCGGGAGAAAUUACUGAUGGUGUUUUGCUGAAUGGAUACUGUGGGCGGAAUUUUGAUCAUGAGUCAAAUCCUCUGUUCAGCGGGAUGGGGAAGCUGGAAGCAAGAGCUAGCAAGAGGUUGAGCUUGAAGUCCAUAGUGUGAGAGAGGUCUCCGCAAUUGCAACGACAACCGGAAGUCAAGAAAAAGUAAAAGAAAAAACACAAAAAUAAAUAACAAGAAUCAGAGCAACCUAGUGUUUGCUUUGGACGACAGCUUCAGAACUCGACACUAUUGGUAAGUGCACCUAAUUAUGAAUACUAGACGCUUAGAAAGGAAAAGAAAAAAAUAAAGAAGAAAGGAAAAGAAAAAAUGGUAACAAUUUUUUAAAUGAUGUGUUUGUUGAAUAUGGUGGUAUUGUGAGUAUCCAAAAACCAAACUCUGCGAAGAGUGAGCUUAAAUAAUGAGUGUGGGAUGCAAAAGACAAGCAUUGCUCGAUACAAUGCUCCAGGUAAGAUGCGGAGCUGUGCUUUUGUCUGAAAGAUGCAAGAUUUCGAAGAAGCCAGUGAGAUCACUAUAGAAUAGGGCAACUGAAUUAAUGUAUCUGUCUGCCUAUUCAGGUUACUUCACUCUUGUUUCUGUAUUGACAUUUGGGAUCUUUCAAUGUUAUACGACUCUAUGCAUAAAUUAUCGCCUGCUUUCUAGUUGCUGCUCGUUAAGUAAUUCAGUCUGGUGAGGUGAUAUAUAGAAGAAUGUUUUUUUAUCUAUGGAUCUAUAAUGACUUUUAAUGAAGGACGUGUUUGACCC